GGCACGACUCACGAGUAGGAUCUCAUUAAAUAGCGAUUGGAUGUCUUGAGAGAGAGAGAGAGAACAUUCACGAGGCGUCGAAAGGUGUGCUGCUGUAACAACGUUUAGAAAAGAAACAAUUCCGAGGUGAUUUUCCGACACUAUUCAGCGUGUUUAUUCUCUGUUCUUCAAGCUAAAUACAGUUGGACUUCAUCGGAGUGAAUAUUCCAUAUCUUUUGGGUCUUUGCUAGAACAACUUUCAGCUCAGCUCCAUACAACGUCCAGUCUGAGAAUGAACUGUACACAAGUGCUUCAUGCAUUUGGAGCCUACUCCAUACCCCAGCAGUCUGCCAUGCCAGUGGACCUCGCCAUGCGACUGUGCCUGAGCCAGAGCCUGCCGCUCUGUCACCUACAGGGUGUGUCCCCUCUGAAGGCCCUGAAACCUCACCUUCACACCAUAGACUACCAGUCUCCCAGGGCCAGCCUUCACACUAAGCCACACUCCUCUUCAUCCUCCUCUUCCUCCUCCCCAGAGCGAUCAGAGACAAAGAGCUGUGUGCGCAGGAGCAGUGCCAGCCCUAAGAAGAACCGUGUAGUGUUUGCUGAUACUAAGGGGCUGUCUCUCACUGCAGUGCGACUGUAUAUCCCAGACAACUCCUCGUCCCCUUCCACGGCCCAGAGGGCUGACUCCUCUUCCUCCUCCCCCGUCAGACUGCCGGGCCUGUGGCUGGGUCCUGCCGGUGGGAAGCAGCAGCUCUGGAGGUUAAGUCUGGCCUUCCCCCAACCCAUGGCAGACUUCAAGACCUUCCAAGCCCGCCUGCAGGAGGUCCUGGUGCAGCUGGAGAGCUGCAGUGUGACCGAGCGAUCGCUGAGUGGCACCGUGCGCGUCUGCAAUGUCAGCUUUGAGAAGGCUGUGCACGUGCGAGUGACCUUUGACUCGUGGCGGAGCUUCCGGGACAUCCCCUGUUCCUACCUGCAGCAGCGCUACGGGGGCGCUGAGACUGACGUGUUUGCCUUUGACAUCCCCCUCCCCCAGAACCUGGAUCCCAGCGAGCGUCUGGAGUUCUGUGUGUUGUUCCGGCCAGGCAGCGGGGCCACACUGCGUUGGGACAACAACCGGGGACAGAACUACUGUGUGUGUGUGGAGCCUGAGGGGGCUGGGUAUAGUCAGGCCCCGGUACAGCGCCACAUCAUCACUCCCCGCUCCCUCCAACGUCCCCCCUCAUGGCCAAGGAGUGGGGGUACCAGCCUCAAGAGCCCCUUGAACCCUGAUCUCACCCACCCCUCGGAAGCCUUCAUCAGCCGGAGUUCGGGGCGACUGGAUAACACUUUCUGGUAGAGGGAACUCGCCCUGGUCAGGAAGCGAGCCAGCUUUGCCUUUCUGAUUCAGGUGUGGAUCUAAGUAGCUGUCUCAACUUGUCAGCUGGACAAUCUGCCAAGAAAAUGUGCAAUGUUAAACCUGAUUUUAAUCUUAAUCGAGGAAGUGACUCAUUGAAUUUACUCAAUUGACUGUUAAAAUUGAAUUGACCCCAUCUGAUGGUAGAGGUUAGGACUACAAUGUGUUCCUUUGUAGUGGCCCCUACUUCCACGGCUCAUAUGGGCCCCAACUAAUGUGAAAUUGAUUUGCACCUGUGUAUUUCUUACAGAAUAUAGCGCUGUUACUUUUUAAAACUUAUUUCAGUGGGUGAGUUUCCAGCACCAAGAUCGUCAUAUUUUAGUGUACCUAGGAAUUUUCCAGAUGUAUUUUUUAUUUUUUUUGGUGUAUAUGGGGGUACUAAUUGUACAAAGAAAAUGCCCUCUCACUGAGGCUGGAUGUUCCUUAUAACUGCCAUGCAGACUUCUCCAACUUCAGCCACCUUAACUGGCCUUUGAACAGAUGAAUGUGCCUUGAGUUUUUUAUU